AUGCCAGAACGAGUCCUCACAAUGGAGCGCGUCUUCACGAAAGAAGACAGCGCCAUCUCGCCCGCCACCGGCAAGUCAAUCAGCCAACACGAAGCCGCGGGACUAAAAAGCCUGACUAAGGAACAACACCUGAGAUUCUGGGAGGAAGUCAUAUACUGGAAUAAAGAGCGCUUCACCGAGGCGAAAUGGCGGCAAGCGAAAAAGGAUAUUUUGCGGGCUAAGAAGGAACACUGUAUGAAGGUGCUUGGGUGGUGUCCUCCUCCACCGCCUGUACACUCAAUCGUCACUCCAGGUGGACGGCAACUACUCCUUUGCAGCUCGUCUUCAUGGACUGCGCCUACGGGUGCACAUCCACUUCGGCCAGCACAUCUUCCGCGCUUCGAGACGGCGAGUCCGACUACACCGCGACCGCGAUGGGAGAUCUUAUCUUCGGGUCCUGGGACACCGCGGUCUGCUACUGCUGGGGCUAUCAAGAAUUCUUUCGCAGAAGGCGGGUUUUGGGAGUCACUGAUUUCACCGAAGACGCCUGUUACGGCUAUACCGAUUCCAACGACACCUGUUACCGCCGUUCCGCCUUCGCCAUGGCUUCCUAAUAUUCCUUCUAUAGACGCCGAAGCCAAAGCCACUUACGAAGACCUCAAAGCCUCCGUCUCGAAGAUGGCCCUCAAGGUCUGCGCAAGCCGCCACACACUCCGCCGGUCCUUCAAUAGCGACAACGAUGUCAUACAUCCUUCUAUGGUUCGUCCAAAAGACACCCUGCUCGCCGCUCAACUCACUCUCGGCUCCUUGAAAUUGCAUCAACCUCUGUCGACAUACAUCGACGCCUCCCUUCCCCAAAAGCUCGACUCCCACGCCGACGACGAAGCAGCAGGCGCAAAACAAUAUAGAAUCUACCGCCGAGAACAACUUGAUGAUGUGGAUAGUUGGUUGCAGUUUGAUGCGCAGACGGGGGAGUUGACGACUAUACUGGAGGCUCAGCGCGAUUUACUCAAGAUGAACAAGGAUAGGCGGAAGAGUAGGGAGGUUGCGGUUGGGGAGAAGGGUAUCAAGCUCGCUUGGGCUGUAAAGGUUGUGGAUGAUUGCCAGUACUUCGCCGACAUUGCCGCAGAUGGCGAAAGUGAAGGUAGCGACGAGGGGUAUGAGUACGGUAACUUUGUCAGGAGUCUAGGAGAUGGCGAUGGCAGUUCCUUGCGGUCGAACAGCUCUACGCUCGACCUCACCUUGACACUGACGAAUAGCUCGAACGCUCGCAGCAGCGCUACAGACGAGAAUCUCGGCCUGACCCAACGCUCAUCCAGCAGCCCCAUCAAACCAACCCACGACCCCAGCUCCGACACCUUACCACUCCGCUCGCGAAACUACACCCUGUCCAACCUCUCCAACGCCACCAAUCCGAACAUCUACACACCACCCCCCCCCCACGCCCACAGCAUCCGCCGCAGCAACGCCACCGCCACACCUUCUUCUUCCGCAUCCCGCCGUAACCGACAGGGUAGUCUCUGGAUCAACACUAGUUUAGCGAAUCCUUCCAUCAGCGCGGCUAGUACCAUGAGCCCGCAGGAAAGGGGGACUAGGCACAAAGGACCCAGUAUCGAGGAUUUGAGCGGGUGGGCUGAGGAGCUGAAGAAGAUGGAGAGGAAGAGGGUGGAGAUGAGGGGGGAUGGGGGCGUUGGGAGGAUAGGGAGGCCGGUGGGGGCUGGGAAGCCGAGGCAGUUGAGGUGGUUUUCUAAUACUGAGGGGGAUGACAGCGGUGACGAAGACGUUGCAGAGGGGAAGACGGCGGAUAAGAAGGAGAAGGAGGAGGAUACGGAGGGCGAUGGCUUGACGAUUAAUGGGUCCGUUCAUCCUGCUCUGAGGGAAGGUGGUCACGACACCGAUAAUGGCAUUGCGAAUUGGCGUAACAAUGUCGACUUGUCACAAGGGGAAGAUAGGAACAGAGGUGCAAGUGGCGGCAGUACCAGCACAGCUAGUUGGCGCUGCGAAACUGCUUCUAUCGUCGAACGCGAUAGUCGGCCUUCUAGCAUGGCCAUGGAUAACGAGGUCUACCAUACCGAAGACGACGACCAGGCAGUCGAUCACGACAACGACCACGAAAUCGACAACCCGUUCGACGACCCCUCCAACUUCGAACCCUCUGACUACUACCACUCCGACACCAAUGACUCUCCUACAAAGACACCAAGACCGACUACGCCAAUCCACCCCCAGCGCACAUCCUCCUUAUCACCGACACACGCACCGAUCAAGAUGUCCGCACUAUCAACGCUACGCCUUGACCCACCGCGCCCACCACCACUCCCGAACCGACCACCUCCCCCGCCGAUGCCGUACUGUAAUAUGAGGCCGCCGGCGCCGCGGCCGACGGCUGGUGAGGGCAUGCCUAUGCCGCGGUAUAACAGACAAGCUACUACGUCUUAUGAACGGCAGUUGGGUCAGAUUUCUGCUGUACCCACAUCGUCGUCGUUCAUCGAGAUGGUUAAACGGCAGGGGCAGGGGCGAGAACGGGAUGUUGCGUUAUCGUCCUCCAUCGAGGGGGAUGAGAAUGAGACUGGAAAGCAGAGGAGUCCGAGUGUGAGCAAAGCAACUUUAUUGCAAGAAGCCGUUCAGUCCCGUGGCGGUGGCGGUCAAACUGGAGCUGGAAGCCAACACACUCGUAUGUGGAGUAAAAGUAGUGGACAGAGUGCGAAGAGUAAGGAAGAAGAGGAGUGGGAUGAAGAAUUGAAACGGAUGGAGGGGAGAGAGAGGGCGAGGCAAAUUGGUAGUUCGUAG